AUGAGAGUCGAGUCCUGGCCGCGCAUUUUGGCCCAUAGUUUACCGGUGCUGGUUCUAGUGCUUAUGGCCUACUGGAUGGGAAGUGGCUUGACGUCUUUUGCGGUUCAAGACGGAGUCGUGACCGUCAAGGAGAUCGCUGGCUUUUCAUGGAGCUACGGAGACGCUCGCGUGUUCAACUGGCACCCGCUGCUCAUGACCUUUGGCUUCGUCUUCUGCUCCAUGCAGGCAGCUCUCGCAUACAUCUCGUUGCCGUUCAGUCACGAAGUAAAGAAGCGCAUCCACCUGUCGCUGCACGCGCUGGGCUUCCUGAGUGCAGGUCUUGGGGCGAUCGCAGUCUUCCGCUUCCACAACGAGCACAACAUUACCAACCUCUACAGUCUCCAUAGUUGGCUGGGACUGACGGUGGUGAUCCUGUUCUUGGCACUCUGGCUCGGUAGCUUUGCAGUGUUCUUCUACCCUGGAGCACAAGACAAUGUUCGUGCUUUUAUCGCUCCGUACCACAUUGGCCUUGGACUGUCGAUCAUAGCGCUCGUGGUUGCUACGGUCGAGUCGGGUAUCCUCGAGAAACUCUCGUUCAACAACAGCUGCAACGUGAGCGGCGUGUUGCAUGGCGAGGACGUCCAGGGCCACAUGGCUGCAGAUUGUGUGACUGGCAACGUCAUUGGCUUGCUCGUGGCUUUCUCGUUGGUCUUUGUCGUCGUCACGAUCUGGCACGCCAAGCACUCCACGUCGAAGAAGGCGCUAAAGGACGAGAUGACGCCAUUGCUACUGGACAGCUAA